AUGUUAAGAAUUUGGCGCAGUUUUUUAAAACUAAUCUACCUUCUUCUUUUCCCUAACCCACUUCAGCAAAGCUCUUUCCCAAUAAUUAUUUUCUCGUGCUACGAUUUGCAUCCUUACAGCCGGGUAUCGACUGGAGAAAAAGGGGUUAAUGGUGAAGAUGAUUGCCAAAAAUCGACUCCGCGACUGUCUAUUAGAAAUAACAAGGAUACUAGAUCGGAAAUAAAGCAUAAUAGAUGGAUUUCCCAGCUUUGUAGUCUUUGUAGGAUUGUUAUUCAAAGGAAAACCUGUGAUCAAAGUAUGAGUUUGGACCCGGUGAAGGAGCCGCUGCAGCUUUUCGCGGAGAUCAGAAAGAAACGAUGGAGACAAGUUGGAGGUGUUUUACCAAAUCUGAGACUUGAAGAAAACGAAACCAAAUCUCGUUGGAGCUUGUAA